AUCUCGCGCAUCGCGAUGGCAUCGUUCACGGGACGAUGUUCGAUAUUCUGGCUUCUGUUGGCCAUUCUCUACCCCUUCACACCGGUGGCCACCGGUGAACAGGAGCAACUGGAGCCGCUUUCCUUCGAACCGCUACACUGUGAACGGAUCGAUGGUGAGGCACUGAGAAGAUGGAUUGCCAGUGAACCGGGUGCCAGGCGACUGUGCAGUGGCACGCCCAGCUGUGAUCGCGUGCUGAUGUGCGAUUGUCAGAAGACGACUAUCUCAGACCAACAGGCUGCCUUUACGCUACCACCAUUCGAGGCUACCACCGUUGCAACCGACAUACUGAUACGCAACUGCGGCCAGCUACACGUUCCGACCGGUACGUUCCGUGCGCUGCGCUCCGGAUUUCUACCGCGCACCGUACGAUUCCUGAACAUCGAACAGCUUACGCUGGAAUCGUUUGCAUUCGAGAUCACUAGCCAAUCGCGCGUACCCAAUCCCGAUCCACGCGAUCGUCAUCCGGUACUCGGACCGAUCGAGCUUCAUUUCGAGCGUUGCCACAUAGAGGAACUGCCCGCCAACGCGUUCCACGGUGCUGGGCUACGAUCGAUCCAGUUCUCUUCUGCCUCCUCUAUCGGUGUGGUUCGGCCACUAGCGAUCGGCAUUCGAUUGCGCCAGCUCACGUUUCGUGACAGUGCAAUCGGUCGAUUUGCGCGCCAUGCAUUCAAGCGAGCACAGAUGGAGGAGCUUCUGCUGCAAAAUGUCACCAUGCACGAUUCCUGGACCUCCCAGGGCUGGCAGGGUGUCGUAGUGGCCGAAACGAUCCGUAUCAGCGAUUCCACCUUUUUGCAGCCAAUCCUUCCGGCCGCCAUUACCGAGAGUAGUACCAACGAACUGGUGCUUCAGAACAACGUGUUCAACGCUUCAAUGGCGGACGAAGCAUUCCAGCUGGCCGUCACUAGCCGUGUUUCAAUGAUCGGCAAUGUGUUUGGGCAGCUAUCACCGAAUCUGUUUCGUGGAUUAACGAUAUCGAACGAAACGGCCUGGAACGCACAGCCAACGCUUGUGCUGGAAAGGAACCAAAUCGAUGAGCUGGUGGUACCGGGGUCAAGUGCUGCCGUUGGCAGCAGCAGCUUCUUCCACAUUCCACGUAACUUUACCGUAAAUUUGCAGUCACUUCGGAUUGCCGAGAUGGCCACUUGUGACAGCACGAACCUCGCCGGGGCAUCACAAUGGCAACAGGAGAUCUUCUUCCUGCGACCAUUCGCCGUCAGUGGACACGAUGAUCCGGAAUCGUACAUCUCGAUCGAAGAGUUUCGGCAGCAGGAAGGUUGUGAUGCGACCGGACCCGAUCUCGUACUGAUCAUCGUCCUGUCGACGCUGCUCGGUGUGACGCUGAUCGGUGGUUUGAUCGGAGGGUUCGUGUUCUAUCGCCACCAGAAGAAACGACAGCGUAUGCUACUGUUGGAGCAGGGCCUAGUGCAUCCAGCACCACGCACAUACCGUGAGACGCAGAUUAUGCUCAAGCUGGAAACGGUCGGUACCCUCAAGACCGACUUCUAAUGGACCGAUCGAGCAACGGUUCAACGCGAUCUCCAUAAAACGGUCUGAUGAAGACCGUAACCCGCUAGUCUCAAGUGGCCAUUAGUGACCAACUAUUCCUAACCUGAUACAAUGUGAGAGAGAGAUUGUGAAAAAAGAGAUUGUACUUACA